AUGAAGACCCUUUGCCUGCUCUUUUCUCUCCUCUUCUUGGCACUCCAGGUCUCUCCAGGUUUGUCUUCACCCCGGAGGGAAAUGCUUUUCUGCAGAGGAGGGACCUGUCACUUUGGAGGAUGUCCCUUCCACCUGGUUAAAGUUGGAAGUUGCUUUGGGUUCCGCUCCUGCUGCAAACCGCCAUGGAACGUUAGAGAUGUUGAUGAGCCGUUCAUUGAAGAGUAAUGAAAAUUUCUUCUAAGCCUACAAAUUUGCUUGGAAUCUCCUUACUCCUAAACCCACUGGAUCCUGCUGCAAAGCCUCACACUCCUUUCACAUGCAAAAGGCUUUAAAAUAUAGAGUAAAUCCAAAUG